AUGAUAAUCCUUAUUGGAAUUUACGUUUUACUGCGGGAAAUAUUUGAUUUCAUUUUAGCGAAGAAAGUAACAAAAGAACAAAUUUUAGGUUUUGAAUCAGUAAUUCGUCGUCACCAUCUAUUAUACAUUGAACUAACUGGUGGUCCAAUCUCUCAUGUAUCUUCUAUCCAUUCUAAGUCAAAACAUACUCACUUAACAAGAUCGGCUUCGUUUAUGGACAGGAUAAUAUAUAUAAUAAAGCGCUUUAUCUUUAAUCGUACAAGGCACGUCUACUCUCCUGAGUGUAUUACUCAUAACUAA